AUGGCACUUAUGCACGCCAUGACGAAGCAUGUUAUCAUUUAUAUCCCAAGUUUCAGAGUCUGGUCAGGCAUGGGUGACUCCGAUGCAAGGGAUGGCAACCCCAUGAAGGGGGCUCCCCCAUUGCUAUUGCAACGAGACACUGCAGCCAAUGAAGACCCGCUCGGGUACAGUGCAACACACCCUGUGGUCGAUCUUAUUGCCCUUCUCAAGGGCUGUGAUUCGCUAAUCCCCCUUUUGCAUCCCAUUUGUCUCAUUCUUCGUCCCGAACUAUGA